AUGGCUGAGUGGCUGACAUGUCUGCCAGAUCAUCGGCAGAGUCAUGUUCUUCUAAAUGUGAGACCAAGGUCCACUCGAUUCCACGGGGACGGUCUGAGCUUGUUUCACCCAGUCUAUGGCUACUAGAAGCAAGAUUGUAGAGAGAAUAAAACUCUGUUGUACUCCAGACUUGAUGGGAAAUGACUCUGGCACAGAAUUCUCUAAGAUAACACAGCUGCAUUCGAAGAGUUCAUAAAAUGUCCUUCUGAUGGUAACAAUCUAAGGUGGUAGUCCGUAUGCCCUUAAGAUCUUCCACACUGUCGAAUGCUUUCUCAAACACGAUGAAGUUGGUAAACAAGGGAACAUUCCAUUCAAUGCACUGUUCAGAGAUGUUCUGGUGAGGAAAAUCUCCGACUAUGCAGCCUCGGCCUUUACGAAAUCUAGUCUGUUCGGGUCUCAACUUUGGAUCUAUGGCACUAUCAAUCAUUUUGAGAAAUGUUCUGCAGAAUACCUUGCUGGGAAUGAGCUGAAAUGGAGAGAGGUGUUAUGCCUCGCCACAGUUGUUACAAUUGUUGAGGCCCUCUUCUUCGGAAUCUUGUGUAUUAGGCGAAUACUACAAUCUAUAGGAAUCCCUAAAAGAGAUCGGCAAGANCACUCGAUUCCACGGGGACGGUCUGAGCUUGUUUCACCCAGUCUAUGGCUACUAGAAGCAAGAUUGUAGAGAGAAUAAAACUCUGUUGUACUCCAGACUUGAUGGGAAAUGACUCUGGCACAGAAUUCUCUAAGAUAACACAGCUGCAUUCGAAGAGUUCAUAAAAUGUCCUUCUGAUGGUAACAAUCUAAGGUGGUAGUCCGUAUGCCCUUAAGAUCUUCCACUCUGUCGAAUGCUUUCUCAAACACGAUGAAGUUGGUAAACAAGGGAACAUUCCAUUCAAUGCACUGUUCAGAGAUGUUCUGGUGAGGAAAAUCUCCGACUAUGCAGCCUCGGCCUUUACGAAAUCUAGUCUGUUCGGGUCUCAACUUUGGAUCUAUGGCACUAUCAAUCAUUUUGAGAAAUGUUCUGCAGAAUACCUUGCUGGGAAUGAGCUGAAAUGGAGAGAGGUGUUAUGCCUCGCCACAGUUGUUACAAUUGUUGAGGCCCUCUUCUUCGGAAUCUUGUGUAUUAGGCGAAUACUACAAUCUAUAGGAAUCCCUAAAAGAGAUCGGCAAGAACCAAGUAUGCAGUGGUGGAGCCUACCUUUGACUUCACUAUGCUCAGAUUAUGGAGCUCUGUUCCUGAUAGCGUGAAAGAAGCUUCCAUUCCAUUAACAAUCUGUUUUUUUAAUUAA